AGUUACUGCUAACAUUAUAUUUAUGACCACACAAAUGUGCGUUAGUGGUCGGCGGGGCCGAGUAAUGCGAUUUAUUUCGAAAUACUUCUGCCUCAAAUACGGCAGCUCCCUGGAGACUACUGAAAGUCUGCGGUCCUCGCCUACACGCUCUCAUUGUCUAUUCUGUAGGCUUGUGCCGAGUUGUUUCUAAUCCCGUUUAUUACAAUUUUCCAGAUGAAGCAGCGCACUGUACGUAUUACUGCGAAACUCUUUAACGGCGGCCAGGCAGGCAAGAUUCUCAAUCCUUUUUAUGUCAGAGUGUUCUAAAUUGAGCUGAAGGUUCGGACACCUGUUCAGAUGUGUCACAGACUCAGAGAAACAUUGCAAGCAGUCAUUCAGAACAAACACCAGCCUUUGCCUACGAGUGCGUAAUUUAGAUAUAAAUGUCAUCCUCACGAGAAUCGGGAAUCAAAUCUGUCUCUCUCAGGGAGCUGGAAAAUAUUAUGGACAAUUGCAAAUUGGACCUGACCCAGAUAGAUGAAGUGUGGCCCAACCUUUACAUAGGAGAUCUAACAAUAGCUCAGAAUAGAGGUAUGUUACAGAAAAUGGGCAUCACUCAUGUUUUAAAUGCUGCCCAUUCUAAACAAGGCAGCAUAGGAGACCAGAUGUUCUAUGGAAAGAACAUAACAUACAAAGGAAUAGCCGCUGAGGAUUCCUUAGACUUUGAUCUAAGUGAACACUUCAAAGAGGCUGCACAUUUUGUUAAUAAAGCUCUCAAAAAGAAAGAUGGAAAGGUCUUGGUCCAUUGUAUUAUGGGAGUAAGCAGAUCAGCGACCUUGGUGUUAGCCUAUCUCAUGUUGUAUCAACAUCUUUCACUCCUUGAUGCUGUACAAAAAGUUAUUCAAAGAAGACCAAUUUGUCCAAAUAAGAAUUUUUUAAAACAGCUUCUUAAUCUGGAUAAUCAUUUGCAGGGCAAAAGGAAAAUUUGUUCAGCUGGCAGCUCCAGCCUGGUGGACGACAAAGGAUACCCCAAUGAUAACAAAAACGCCAUUUUUAAAAAAAUGAUCCCCUUUGGUGCAUCAAUGCAUAAAAGUCUACAACUAGCCCAUGGAGGUCUGAAGUUUGCCAGUGGAGAUUCCCAGCCAACUAAUACCGAUCUGCAGCUGACCAAUGUGGGUCUACAAAUGACUAAUAAAGGUCUGCAGCUGGAUAAUGGAGGCCUGCAGCUGGCUAAUACAGAUCUGAAGCUGUCCAAUAAAGGUCUGCAACUAGUAACACCUAAAGGAGUGCUUAUAAAGGAAGUUCAUAAUAAUUCUACAUCAUUAAUACGACCAUUCAUCCAGGUCUAUCUCUACAGGGAACAGAAAACAGGAAAAAAGAUGUUGGCUUUUAAUGACUCAAGAACAUUUAUCAGGAAAGACCAUCCUGCCUACAAAACACCAGCUGUUCCAGACCUGCAGAGGCUGCUGUGGGUGCGAGGCGGAGGGAGUGGACAUGUGGACCAAGUGUGGCCUAAACUCUACCUUGGAGACGCCUGGGCUGCAAAGGACAAGAGGAUGCUGCAGUCACUUGGUGUCACUCAUGUUCUGAAUGCUGCUCAUGGAAAAUACAACAUCUGCACUGGAGAAACCUUUUACCAAGAGAUGAAAAUAACCUACUUUGGAGUAGAAGCUUUCGACAGUCCUUCAUUUGAUAUCAGCCCCUUCUUCUAUUCUUCAGCUAAAUUCAUCAAGGAGGCUUUGAGCACCCCUGGUGAUAAAGUAUUUGUCCAUUGUGCAAUGGGGGUCAGCCGAUCUGCCACUCUGGUGCUGGCUUUCCUCAUGAUCUGCGAGAACAUGACCCUGGUGGAUGCCAUCAAGACGGUGAGUGAACACAGGAAUAUCUCUCCCAACAGCGGAUUUCUCGAUCAACUGCGAGAACUGGACAUGCGCUUAAACGAACGAAGAUAAUGACUGAGCUCCUCUUUAACGCUUGUCUACAGUGUGUAAUAUGAGGGCGGUCUUUGCCUAAAAUGUUUAUGUUUGUAUUUGUAAUGAUGGGCCGAGUAUCACCAAAGCCUCCCGACUCACAAUAAAGGCUGCUAACCACUUAAUGCACAAUUA